CGAUAGCCAUAACCGGUUUUCGAACUCCUCACUCGCAAAUGACAGUCGAGCACAAACGCGCUGACUGCAUAUCAACUCACGCGUCCAUCGCGGGAUGCUUGGGGCAUCUUCAAGCCACAGUGACUUACAGAACUAGCGGGGGAGCAGCGACGACCACGUGACCCUCGCCGGGGACCGGCCGGUCGGGUCACGUGACCGGGCGGCGACCUCGGCAGCUGGUUCUGGCCGGUCGGGAAAGUGCUGCGGCGGCGGCGGCGGCGCGGCGGACGCGGAGCGGUGCGGUCACUCCUCGUCCGUCAGGGGUCCACCAUGGUGCGUGUCCGCGGAGCACUGCUGGCCGCCGGCCUCCUCUGCCUCGCCGCGGGGCAGAACCUCCCGGACAGCGGCGACUUCGAAUGUCCCCAGUCAGAUGGCAUGUUCGCUGACCCGACCAACUGCAGAAAGUUCUACUCGUGCGUCGACUCGUACCCUCACAGUUCACUCUGUCCUGCCGGCCUGCAUUGGCACGCCAUCGACAAACAGUGCACCUACAAAAAUCUGGCCGUCUGCGGACCGCAGGAAAUCGAGGUGACCACCACCACGCCGGACCCGUACGCGGCCUCGGCGUGUGACCCGGCACGCUGCAGCCUGACCCCGGUCGACCCGGCCGAGCCGGGCUGCUUCUGCUCAAAGGAUGGCACGCGCAUCCCCGGAGACAUUGACCCCAAGGAGACACCACAGAUGGUCAUUCUGUCCCUGGAUGGAGCCGUCAACGGUCAGAACUACGAGCACUACCUGGCUCUCUUCAACGACACCGUCUACAAGAACCCCAACGAGUGUCCGAUGCGCGCCACCUUCUUCGUCAGCCACGAGUACUCCAACUACCAGAUGGUGCAGGAUCUCUACCACAAGGGCCACGAGAUUGCCGUCAACAGCAUCACGUCCCGGCAGCUGCAGGGUCAGACCUACGAGGAGUGGGUGCAGGAGAUGGUCGGCAUGAGGUCCAUGCUCGCCAAGUGGGCCAAUGUGUCCGAGUUCGACAUCUUCGGCAUGCGCGCGCCGCGCCUGAAGCCCGGCGACAACCGACAGUUCGACGUGCUGUUGGAGCACGGUUUCGCGUGGGACAGCUCCAUCCCCGUGCCGCCUCUGCGGGUACCCAUCUGGCCGUACACGCUCGACUACAAGAUCUCGCACGAGUGUCGCUCCGGUGGCUGCCCCACCUCCCAGUACCCGGGUGUGUGGGAGAUCCCGCUCAACUCGCACUACGUCCAGGGCUACGACGGCGGUCACUGUCCCUACCUGGACCAGUGUGUGCUCUUCAACUACGAGCCGGCCGAAAUCCUGACCUGGUUCAAGGAGGACUUCAACCGGCACUACGAGAGCAACCGGGCGCCCUACCAGCUCUCUUUCCACACCAACUGGUUUAACGAGGCCAACCUCAUCGAGGGUCUCAACCUCUUCCUGCAGUGGCUCAACCAGAAGGACGACGUCUGGUUCGUGACGAUGACGCAGGCCCUCUACUGGAUGACCGAUCCGAUCCCCAUCAACCAGCUGGCUCAGCUCGACCAGUGGGACUGCAGGAAGCGCAAGGACAUCCCGGAGCCGGCGUGCAACCUGCCCAACACCUGCCGCAUCAGCUUCAAACCGCCCAAGGACGGCGACCCGGCCUGGGUGCCCGGCACCAGGUACUUCACGACGUGCUUCUCGUGCCCGAAGCAGUACCCGUGGCUGUACGACAGCGACGGUGACGCCGGACAGCCCGACAUUUACGAGAGCGUCCAGUUCAAGAAAUAGGCGGCAACAGCGGCCGACACCACUGUGUGGUGACCAUUGAUGACCAUUGGUGAUGCUUAGGGGGCUCUGCGUGACAUGUCUCCUGUUGGACUUGUGAAAGGCUCGAUUUGAGGUCGUCGCGUCACGCGGGUUUGGUUGAGAAAGUGAGUGUCCCGAUGUUAUUCAGGAGCCCGACCAGUGACAAUUUAAUGCGGUUGGACAGUGUUUGUCGUUAAUUGCCUGUUAGAGUUCACUCUUGUGAUAAUUUAGCAUGACGAACGUGACGUGUUUCGAAGCUCAAUAAAUGAGUUUAAGAUUU